AUGCAUUCGUCCAACUCUGAACUCGCCGCCGAGCUCGUGGCUCCAAAGGAAGCUCCGCAAACGGUUGUGCUUGCUGCCCUCAAGCGCGGCGUCAGGACCGGGAGUUUCGAGGUCAUCGAGGCGGACGGGACCGUUCUCUCUUUCGGCGAAAAUGUAGACGAUAUGAAGGUCCCCAGGAAGGCUGUGUUCCGCGUGAACGACAGCCGCUUCUGGCUGAGAGUCUACCGCUCCCUGUUCAUCCGCAGUACAGUCUCCGAGGCCUUCAUGGCUCAGGAGAUCGACUCGCCGGACUUGAAAUUGGUGCUGCAGGUGUGUAUCGACAACCUCUCCAACGUGCAUGCGGGUGUCUCGUCGGUCUACUCUCGCGUGUUCAAGGCGCUGCACUUCGUCGGUCACAUGCUCAGCCAUUCGCAUGCGCAAACGUACGGGGUUGCGGGCUACGACGCGUCGAACGACCUGUAUACAGCCUUCCUGAGCUCCGAGAUGCAGUACUCAUGUCCGUCUAGUCGCCCAACGAGGGCGAUGUCCGUGGCGAUUUUGACGGGCACCGCCCGACUUGAAGCCGGAGGUCGCCUGCUCGAAAUCGGAUCAGGCUGGGGAAGCAUUGCAAUUGCCAAGCAGCUCGCCGAAAAGCGCAUCGCCGCAGCUGGCUUUUCCGACCAGAUCAGGGUCCAGUUUAUGGACUACCGCGACAUGCCACCGGAAUUCGAAAAGGCUUUUGACGCAUGUGUAUCUCUAGAGAUGCUGGCGGCUGUCGGCACAGAAUACCUCCCCACUUAUGCCGCAAAGAUUGAUUGGGCACUCAAAAGCAAGAAUUCUGCAGUCGUGCUGACCGCGACGACCUAUCCGGAGCGAUACCAGACUAGCUACCAGGGACGGAACUUCAUCCGAAAGUAUCAUUGGCCGCACACUGUCUUGAGCAGUGCGCUUUCCUUGGCCGAUUGCUUCAACAAGACUCUACAAGGCAGAUUCUGCAUCGACAGUAUCGAGGACUUUGCAAUCCACUAUCCACGGUGCCUUCGGGAAUGGGGGCGAAGAUUGGACGAGAAAUGGGACGGCCCCUUGAUCGAUUCGCUACAAAGCCGCUAUCCCGAAUUAAAGGAUCCGCACCGACUGGAGAUGUUCAGGCGACGGUGGCACUACAUGUUUAUCUACAUGGAAGUGGCUUACUCCCAGAAUCUGCUCAGCUGUGUGUGCUGGACAUUCGCUCGGCCUGGCUUCGUUGCAGAAACAUGUGCCUAACCCCAGCAUCUUCAUUCUCCCAUUAUCUCAGACCACGUGUUGGAACAAUAUGCAUUUGAUUAUCCUAUACACAGUACCAGUCGCUCAGGAAUCAGGACAUCGCCGCUUCACCUCAUUAGCGAAUUCGGCGUUUGUGUGACAGCUGGCGCUGAUGCAUCACCGUAGUAAGGUGAGUUAGAUUGUCUCUCUCAGUUCCGUCUACACGGUUACGACACAAAGUCGUGGCAUAUGGAACGCUCGAGCGAGAUUGCAGAACUGUGCUGAUCAGCGAUCUCGGGGCCUUCCAACAGUUUCAACAGACAUGAAGCCUCCUCCAGUUUUUUUGCGUGGUGUUGAUUAGUGUGGUACUGCGACAUAUCACGCGGAAAAUCUGUUCGACCAGCCAGUCCUUGGUGCAGGAUGCCGUGGAUAACAUUCACCGCAAUCGUUGCGGGAGAUUGCUAAGGAUUUGUGACCCGUUGGUCCAACUUUGAAACAAAAACGGUACUUAAAGUGGUGGGAGAUCCGGUUCGCCGGUGACACGUGCUCAGCAGCAGGCUGCGGCUCUGGAAGCCGAAGUCUUGCUGUUCAAUCUUCUCUCGUUCACGGGCCUUGCCACUCUGUCCUCUCUCGUCCUGAUCGUGCGCUUCUCGACGAGCAUCGAACGGGGCCCGCUUUGGUUUCGCCAUCUGAUCUCUUGGGUCGUAUACAGCGCGUCGUUCACGCUGUUGGUCGGCAACCAGCUGGGCGGGCCGCCUGGAUUUGGUCUAUGUGCUGUGCAAGCUGGGCUCAUCCAUGCCGUCCCUGUGUUGGGAGUCCAUCCAUCCACGCGCCAUUCUUGGAAGUUCAACCUCUCUCGAGCCCGACCCUGAGCGGCCUUUGCUUCGUGAUCGAUCUCUAUAUCGGGCUUUCGGACGUGGUCCAUGGGAAGAGGAAGAUCCAUCCCCGAAUGGUCGGCGUCUUGCUCAACGCCCCACAGACAGCCUUCGCGCCGCUCCUCCUGCUCUUCCUGCUGCCGGUCCGGACAGCGGAGGACGUGGCUCGGGUCGACACCCAGCUGUACUGCCAUUUGACAUCGCCUUUCCCUGCUCGGCUCAGUGCGUGCAUCGCCGUCGGUACUGGAAUCCUGAUCGUCCCGCUGGAAGUGGUCCUGCGCCGCCAUUGGGCUGUGUUCCGCCGCUCGGAUCAAUUCAAUACGGACCCGAACAUCUCUUUGUCCAUGCUGGUCCGUGUCAAUUUGUUCACGGUGCUGUCUGUGGCGGGUGUUGGAUUGAGCGCCCUCCCCUUGCUGCAGUCCAGCACAGAACCUCUCUGGAACCUGGGCUUGACCAUCGUUUCUAUCAUGGCGGCCGCGAUCUUUGGCACCAAGGCCGAGCUCUUCCGGGGUCGCGUCUUCUGGAGAAAGCGCAGUCAGCCACCGCUCUUCGCUGGCAGAAAUGUCGGUGGAGUGACCGGUCCCGAGAACGAAUGGGUGACCCAAGACGGGCAGAUCGAGAAGACCGUUAACACAGCCG